GAUUACAUGAUAAAGAAGUGUGCAACAUAAUAUUAUGAUCAUAUACAUAGCACACCUUUCAAUACUCUAGUACAAAAACAGGCACACUGUAAGAUUUAUACAGAUCCAAACUCUGCAAUCCACUUGGUAUAUCUUUCAAGGUCUGCUGGUGAAACAGACUUGGAGCACUUUCUUACAGCAACAUGAAAAUCCUCCAUUGAGGUUGGCUGUUCUAGUUUGUCCUUUGGCAAACUUUUAAUCUCUUCCGGUGUUUUUCCUUCAAUUGCACGACGCAUUGCCAUCAUGGAUGCAUCCCUGCAAGAGGAGGAAGUCCACAUGUAUCAUACUGAAGUUUGAGGUGCCCACACCUAGCCAACCCUAUACUGCAGAUAGUCUCAGGAAAGGAACAUGACAGGCACAAGAUGAAAUUUAAAGCUGGGAGUGACAUGGAGUCUUGACAGGUAUUGCAAUUGAACUUCCACUUUUGCCAUCGUCGUCCAAGAACACUGUCUCUUCUGCUGGAAGAAACACUAGCUUUGUGUGCAUGCGUGGUGACUUGCGCAACAUGCCUGUCAUAGAA